AUGAUCUUACAACCUAUCUCGAUAGAGAUACCUGCCUUGGGGCCAUGGUUGGAGCAAUGUUUCGAGAGGAAUAUUACUGCACGGCAGCUUGAAGCCAUGGCAUGGUUGUUAGGCUUCUGGAUUGGUGACGGCCACAGAAAAGGAGCAAAAAUCGCUUUGAACUCUGAAGACCAUGAUGUCAACGCCAGACUUCGCGAGAAUGCAAAAGUUUGGGGUAUGACUCUCAGAGCCGAGCGUGGGAACGGCCUUGGAGCACAAGGAUACCUUCACACCUAUAAUGGCGCGGUACGUAAUUUGAACAAAAACAACCCGCUAGUUAAGGUGCUGGAAGGAUUGAGAUUCUGGGAAAAUGGAGAAAAAAACGGCCUGAAGAGCGUUCCUCUAUUCAUGCGAACAGAGCAAAUAGUGGUGCGCGAAGCUUUUCUCGCAGGGUUGAUAGAUUCUGAUAGCUCAUGCAAUAUCCAAGGCGGGUCUAUUCGUGCGGAAAUUGCGACUGUCUACCCGCCUAUUGGAGACGGUGUAAACUUCAUAGGUCGUUCUCUUGGUUUGACUGUCUCCGUCCAUUUCCGUGGCGCUAACUUUAGUGAGCGUCAUGGAUUAAAAGAGAGUGAUUUAUGGACUUUCCACUAUAUGGUGGGACAAAUCAUGAAACACUCAGGUCGAUACUGA